GAAACAUGGCGGAAGUUUGUUGGGAGUAAAUGAAGGUAUUUUAAUUGGUGGUGAUAUUAAUUAUAAUUUCUUGAUGUUGAAAUGUAUCAACAAAAUAAAAGUUUACCUAGAGUGAGAACAAUGAGAGAAAAGUGCAUACUUUAAUGAUAAAACAGCUUAAUUUUUUCUGGUGUGAGACCUCGAUAUUUUUAUUUUGAAAAAAAGAAAUGUCCGAAAGUUUUUCAAUCGACGUCAAUGUGGCGGGUUCUGUAAGCCCUGAACCUCGAAUGUUGAAGCGGCCCACAUUGCAGUUAGCCUUGAAACAGCAGGCCAAACGAAGAAGAAGAAAUACCAGCAUAGCUACACAAGGAAAUUUGAAUGGAAUGCCACCCAUCCCCCGAGUAAUUGUAAAAGUGUUACCCCCAUUGCCUUUAAAUGAACCAACCAAAGUGAAUGAAAUCAGUGAAUCGGAAGCAGAAGAAGUUCAAGUUGUAUCUCAGAGAAAUGCUACAAGUCUACCAACACAAACAACUAUGAGAGAAGUGCUUGCAUCCAUUCCUGGAUUUAAAACAACAAAAAGAACUACAAGAAACUUGUCUGCUGCAGCACAAAUACAGAGAGCUCAAGAGGGUUGUGUUGAUCUUCAAAACCCGUCUUCUAUUCUUGCUAAGGCGAACCUCCGUGGAAUCCUUAACAAACAUACAUUUGGAACCUUACCCCCAUUGUAUCAGCAUAAACUCAUACAGUUGUUACCGGAGGUUGAUAGAUGUUCAGAUGGCAGUUCAAAAUUAAGCAGCACUGCCCUUAGCAACGAAUUUUUCGGUCGUGCUUGCCAAAAGUGGAGAGAUCGCCUUGCUUCAGGUGAAUUUACUCCAGAAUUCCAACAGAAAAUUAGAGCUGAAGCCGAACGAGACAAAGGCAAGUUAGAUCCUUGGAAAGUCAAACAUUUUGAACCUUUUUGGGGAUCUAGAGGGGAAUCUUCUUCUUCAGAACCUCCUGUUGCAGUUGCUCCAACUAGCAAAUCUUGUUCUAGUGUAGCAUCCAAAAAGAAAACUAUUGUUUCCGAGGUAGCAGAGGAUGAUACUCCACCUAAGAAGCGUAUAAUCGGCCGCAAAAUCGGAAGAAGGAAAAUGAAAAGGAAAAAAUCUAUUAGAAAAAUUGUUACCCACUUGGAUAGUGAAGACAAAAACCAGGUUACCUCAGAAGAUACUCCUUUGAUAUACGAAGAAGUUAUUACCAAAGAAGCGGCAUCUGUCGAACCCGCUGAAACACAGCCAGUAGAAAUGCCCGAAGAGAGUGGUAUUAUUCAACUCUCUAUAAGCAUUGAUGAAACUGUAAACAGUCCCGCGAUCGAAUUUAUGGACACAUUAAAUGUGGAAAAAGAAACGCCGUCCACUUCGCACCCAACGCAACAAUGCGAUUCAGACCAACAUUCCCUAGCUUGUCAAGGGACAUCUGGUAAUGGCUCUAUGGAAAUGGUGGAUCGUCUAGACGAUCCUUUGUUCAUUGAAUCGCCACAAAGGGAAAUUAAUCUAGAAAACGAUAAAUUAGUCGACACGCUACAAGAAAGCACCCAAAGUCCGUCAGAGAAAUCGGAAACCCAAACUGAGGGAAAUGUAAACACUGUUGUCCAGGAAACCUCCACUGGCCUGACUGCAUCUGAGGAAGACGAUGCCUUUUAUCUCAAUAAUUCUCAUCCUCCUUCUUCUAUUAAGGAUUCUCUGCCUCCGUCAGACUGUGACGAAGAAAAAAUAUCGAAGGAUAAAAGUGCGAAUGAUUGCCAGAUGCGAAUUGAUGAUGGACGUGCAUUAAGCGAAAUGAAAGAUUUUCUUAAUAGUAGUGUCGGGCAUUUUGUGCAAGAGGACUCGUCACCAGAGGAUUUUUUCCAGAGUCAUCAAGUGACGGAAGCCCUCGAAUUAUUAAGAGACAUUCAUGACAGAGAAGACUCAGCUCCAGUGGCAAUAGAACCGCAAACUAUUACGCCAACUACGGCUGAAAAUGUGUCGACUGACCAACGAGAUGAAGUAGAUUUACCUGAAAAUAGCAAAUCUUCCCAACAUCAAGUGCAGAUGGUGGAACCACCUGCUAAACAGGAUUCAACGGCAGAACUUGAUUCUUCCAUUACCUCUGUCCCGAAGCAGCAUGAAUUACAGCUGGUUGCCUCAGCAGAGAAGUUCGUGGAAACCAAGACAGAUGAUACUUGCCAUAAAAACGAUCAUGUUGUAUCAAAUGUGUCGACACAUGUUUCCGCCCAAUCGGAAGCUCCAGCUGUAGCACUUCCACACGUGAGCAAUGCUGAAGCGUCUACUGUCAUACCCGAGAAACAGAGUGCCACAAAAAUUGAGACACCUAUUCAACAACCAACCACUGUGACUCUAACUCUGCCAUUUCCAGUGACACUGCCUCUGAAUUUGCCUCUUACUUUGCCCAUUUCUCUUCCACCCGGUACUACGCUGGUCGUUUCGGAUCCCUCCUCCUUAGUGGGACUACGCACAAGUAAUACCUGCACAACUGCAGAAGUCAGUAAAACAGUUUCAUCCGUGACAUCUUUGACACCAAUUGCACCCAACAAACCGCGGAUAGCUUCUACAUCGUCCUCUCCAUCUCGAAUACUUCCGCGAAGUACUCAACCGACUACUAACCCAGUCGCAGUUGCUGGAACUUCAUCCUCGACGACCAGUGGUUUAAUUGCCCCUCGUAACGGAUCUGGCAAGCAAAGCCAACCCUCUAGAGCUCCCCCUGGAACGGUUAAUCUCGAACGAUCGUAUCGUAUUUGCCAGGCAGUUAUUGAAAACAGCCCAAAUUGUGAGCAACUCAAGGCACAGCUGCGCCCACCUUCCGCUUUCUCCAGCAGCGUUGUGGUCUUACCUUCGGGCUCCCCAGUCACGGGCAACGUUGCUGCGUCGAGCGCCAACCGAUCAAACAACGGCAAAAAUGGGGCUAAAAAUAAUUUGGCAACAAAACCAUGCAAAGGAAACGCAACUGGGAAGAUAGCAAAUCAGCAAGGUGUUGGAGAUGUCAAAGUUGUUCCACAAUCUUUAGGCGCUACGUCUCCGUCCGGUGUUAUUCUUGUGCAUCCGGGAACCGCCAAUAUGGGGGUUGUUGAUCAACAAGCGGUCGUCACCAGCAAAGUGGUUGCUCCUUCCCCCGUUCAACUUCCGAGGCAGCAAGUUGUUUGCAUCACACCAAAUGCUUCAGAGGCAGUUAAUCAUCUAUCGUCUAAAACACCCUCGGCAAACCUUGCCAGUAACCGGACAAUAGGAGUCACUCCGCAGCAGCUGAGACCCGCAUCCACUCCUCCACAGCCAAAACCAUCAGUGUUCCCUAAUGUCCCCCAACAGGCUCAACAAUCAACGACAACAGCUCAAUGUUACCAACAACAACAACCCAGUACUAUUACUGUCGGUCAACAAGUUACCUACCUCCCAUUCAAUAAUUGGUCGCAACAACGACCGCCGCAACAGCAAGACAGAAACACUCCCAAGGCAAUAGCCCCAGCUACCGUCCGACCGGGAACACAUACCCAGCAAGUUUACAACAAUCUUCAGCAAACGAGCAGUAAUUCUUUUAUUCAAGAACAAACUGUCCAACAGCAAACUCCAGUGGCUCCAAGAACUCAGCAACCAGUUAAUACCAGACAACCUUCAACUGUCACAAUUCAGACACAGCAAUAUGCUUCUUCUUCGAACGUCCAAGUCAACUUACAGCCGAUGGCAAUGCAACAAUUACAAAAGCCGCCGAAUCAACAACAGCAAGGGAUACGCCAGUCGUGGUCAGGUCCUUCGGUGCAACAACAAAAGCAGAUAAACAUCAAUACAUCAUCUGUUGUUCCGCCGCGGAAUCCGGUGGCUACGCCGCAGACACCUCCCUUUGUACAAAAUGACGUCCAACUCGUGAGCAUGGGCAUGUCGAUGAGAGCCCAGGUUCCCGGCAACGGUAGCAGCAUUACUCCACAAUUGCCUAUCAACGCAGAUCCUGCUAUUACCGGAAAUACCAACGACAGUUCGAACGAGGAAGCGAUUGAAAAAGCCCCACAAACAACCGACUGCGAUUGCCAACUUAAAGCAAUGGUUAUGUGCCAGCGAUGUGGAGCAUUUUGUCACGAUGACUGCAUUGGCCCAACUCAGCUCUGCUUUACCUGUAUUAUUCCAUGAACUGCAUUUUCCCAAUAUCUCUAUUUUCUGUUAGUACUUUUUCCGCUCGUGCAAAAAAAAAAAAAAAAAGAAAAAAAAUCAGUUAACACUUAAUCCAGUAUUUGGUAGCCAACGCAAUUCAUUCGUUGCUGUGUGGAUUUCAUUCAUCCUUUUGUGGAGUGAAUGGAAUUUAGAAGCCACGUCACCUUGACUAAUUAUUUCGAGAGCUUAAGUGGUGGUAAUAGAUUUAUAGUGUAUUACCUUCAUAUUUGAACAUUUAUUGGUGACUUUAUUUAAUGUCAAGGUUGUGCUACGGAGUUUUCAUUUUCCAUUACCAGAAAAACAUCUCGUUCUCCUCAUGAAUACCUUGCCCAACUGUUAAAAAAAAUGACAUCAUUCUUUUCCUUUUUUUCCCUUGAAUGUUCUGAGAAUGGGGCGAUUGUUUUUAUUUUUUUGCACACCUACCCACUCCUAGUCUGAUCACACUUAUUUCCAAAAUCUAUAUCCCUAAAACUGCCGGCCUUUUUCCGUUGGUGGUUUCUCUCAUCACUUUUGAUAUGUCGUAUAGCAAUGACGUUUAUUUUCCUCAUUUGAAUGAUGAUUCUUGUUAUACCUUAAAUACCUUAUGGUGGUGAGUUGAAGUAAUUCCUGAUUAUUAGAAGGAAAAUCAGAAAAUGUGCCUCUAAUGAUUACGUCCCCGGCACGUAUUUGUUUUACUAUCCGUGUCGAUCCGGCUAUGUUUUUUUUUUGUUUAUUUUUUAAUAUCUUGUCCCCCUAAUUGAUCCAGUAGAGGGGGAUACGUUCUUUCAGAGUUUCAAUACA